AAAAAAUCGAUGACUCGAGGUAAAUGAAUGCGUCAAUAAAACCAAAAAAAUAAAAAAUAAUAAAAAAAAAAACUCUAAAAAAUAGUGUACUUCCCAUGAAAUAUUGGGAUGGGUGGAGUUGGGCCGUCCAAUUCUGGCCCAUACCCUCCUUCUUAAACCCAUUGAAGAGGAAGCAAAGGGGGAAACAAUGGCAGCUUCUUCGUCUCCGUUAGCCACCAUCCCCACCAAUAGCGAUCUCAUCAAAGAGAUAAAGAGUCACGAGGUUGCUAUAGCAGAGCUCAGUAAUAUUUCUUCAUCUCGGGCUGUCUAUCAGAAAAAUGGGAAUAUAUUUUUCCGUACAACUGUCCCGAAAGCAACAGCAUUUGAGCAGAGAGAACUCGAUACGGCCAAGGCGAAGCUACAAAAGUUGAAUUCACCUUGAUGCUGCUAAGCCUGCUUCCUGUUCUGCCUGUUGUGUUCUAUUAGUGGUAAAAAGAUUGCUAUACCAGAUAUUUAGGAACAUUGUAAAAUUGACCUCCUCUCUUAAGAAAUUGUAUUAUUAUGAUUUACUUCUUAAGAGGCUCUCGUUUUCGAUAAACUCUGAUAUGGAUAUAGCAAAUGCUUUGGUGGAAAUAGAAAUUUACUAUAUUGUUAGAUCAA